AUGAUGAUGCUGCUGCUGCGAAAGCCCUGUCGGAUUGCCGUGGCGACGGUGGUCCUUCUUGCGCCAGAAGCAGGCGCCUUCUAUACGAUGCCACCACCAACCACCACCACCAACAGCGUGACCUCGAUGCUCUCAAGACCAUCAGCGGCAACCCGGCAGAGGCAUCCUAUUUCCAGCACCUGCCGCCGGCGCUCAUUGGCUCCACUGCGCAUGGCGGCAUCAUCGGAUGCUGCUGCUGCUGCUGGGGGUGAUGAUGAUCUACGAGGCAAGGUUGCAGUCGUGACGGGGUCGUCCAGAGGCAUCGGGAAGGGGAUAGCGGUGACACUCGGACAGCGUGGGUGCACGGUCUACGUUACAGGCCGAUCUGUUGGGGGCAAUACAACGGACAAGGAAAUAGGGGGAAGCUUGGAGGAGACCGCUGCCGAAAUCGAGGCCGCCGGCGGAAAAGGGAUCCCUGUUGCAUGUGACCACGCUAAAGACGAACAGGUGAAAGCGUUGUUCGAGAGGGUGGAGUCGGAGCAAGGCAGGCUGGACAUCCUCGUAAACAACGCCUUCGCGUUAGGCCCGGGCGAUCAACUCCAGGCCAAGUUCUGGACGCAGGGGGCGGACGCGUGGGACUCUCUGAUAACCGUGGGUCUUAGGAGCCACUACAUGGCCUCGUGCUUCGCGGCGCCCCUCAUGAUCAAGUCGGUGAAGGAUCGGGGCGGAAAGCCGGGCCUGAUCGCCUGCGUGAGCUCGUUCGGCGGCCUGGCCUACUCGUUCAACGUGGCCUACGGCGUGGGGAAGGCGGGGGUUGACCGUCUGGCGAAGGACAUGGCGAUAGAGCUGGAAGAGGAGAAAGUGGCCGUGGUAUCCGUGUACCCUGGGAUCGUCAAAACAGAGAAGAUGAAGAGCUUGAUGACGAAGAACCCUGCAGAGUUCGAGGCGAAUACAGGAAUCGCGUUGAGCUCUCCGAUGGAGACACCUUUCUUCACGGGCCGGGCGGUGGCGGCGCUCGCGGCAGAUCCCGAGAUCCUAAAGAAGACUGGCAAGGUGCAAAUCGUGGCCGAGCUAGCCAAGCAGUACGGCUUCACGGACGUCGGAGGAGACACGCCGCCCUCCAUCCGAUCUCUCCGUUUCCUGCUCCCGACCUACCUCUUCCCCAAGAUUUUGCCGGAGGGUACGAAAAUCGACACCAGUUCCGUGCCUGAUUGGUUGCUUCCGAUGUUCAUCAUGGCCAACGGCAAGCCCCCUUCGUGAUACUGCUUUCUCCUUAUGUGGGCUAUUCCCGCGAGAGUUCGAAUCUCUUCCUUGACGCCAAUGUCAAAAAGAGCGUACAGUAUCGUCUUCGACGGACUUUGAGAGAUUGUACCCCUACGAAAGGAUCUCCACUUUUUCUUUUUUUUUGUAAAUCUCUGCUGGGUUUUACCAUUUGUACGAGAAAUGUCGUCGGCCACACCGACGAACUCCUGCACAUCGGUCGCGUGGAGUUGCACGUGUAGAGAAAAAAAACAGGAACAUUCUUUUGUAAAAAACCCAGCUGAACCCGUGUACCAAUAAGAGAGUUCUGCUCGUUCGUGAAGCCUUCACCGAAAAUCGUACUUGAACUUGUGGGUCUUGAGCUGGCUUGGUGAACAUACAUAUGUAGGGAAACAGCUCAAGGUGCCC